GGUGAGUAAGGUGAUGAGGGGGAGUGAUCUACCGUUUUUCCAAGGUAAGGUGAGGGAGGGCCAGGAAUGAGAGGGCUUGGGCAUGGAAUGGGGCAAUAAAUGGUCGUCACGCCCUUUCUUCCUGUCCUAUCUUCGUAUCCUAAUUGUACUUGUACUGUCCUGUUUGCUCAUACACACUUCACUUGAUCCGGACCGAAGAAAUCUCUUUCCCGCAUCCAUCAAAAGCUAUACAGCAACCACCAAGGAAUUAAAAAAAUGCCAAACCACCAACCUACCAUCCCUCCCACGCACCCCCGUCUCCGGACACAAAUGGGCAUCCUGUUCGGCUUCGUCGCCAUCUUCCUCGUGGUAAUUGUUGCUUUCGGCCUCACAUGGCGACUGUGGAAUAUCAGAGAGGAGAAGAAGGAGACGGAGAGGAAGCGGGUGUUGAUUGAGGAGGGCUGGGGCAUUCAGGAUGGGGUGGGCGAGAAGGGGAAGCAGAGGGUGGUGAGGGAUUUUAGGAGUGAGAGGGAGGAACAGGAGGAGAGAGAGGAGGGGGAGAGGGGGAGGAAGGAGGAGAUUGUUGAGGGGUAGAGAUGCGAAAAGUAAGGGACGGGAUGGAGGUUGUGCGGGAUUUGGUUGCCGGUAUGACAAUGUGGAGUUUCUUGAGGGGAGUUGAACGAUAUUGAGUUUGGUUGGACUUGUAUCCAACCUGUGACGAUCUUUCAUCUCCGUUUUCGUGUCGUACAAGUAGCUUUUUGCUUGUGGUGCGAUGCAUGCGAUGUAUAACAAAUAGACAAUAUUCGAUGAUACUUUGGGUCGCUUGGACAAGGCAAAGUUGUGCACACUAUUGACAAGAAACAAUGCAGGCCCCUCCACCACCAGUUGUAUUCGGAAUCCGACCGAUAGACAGAAGUCAAGGUGAGCCUCUGCGUCAAGUU